AUGUCUGCACCCGCCCCACACACCCGCAGCAUCACGUCCACACCCGCCCCACACCCGCAGUAUCAUGUCUACACCUGCCCCACCCGCAGUAUCAUGUCUCACCCGCCCACACCCGCAGUAUCAUGUCCACACCCGCCCCACACCCGCAGUAUCAUGUCCACACCCGCCCCACACCCGCAGUAUCAUGUCUACACCGCCCCACACCCGCAGUAUCAUGUCUACACCCGCCCCACACCCGGUAUCAUGUCUACACCCGCCCCACACCCGCAGUAUCAUGUCUACACCCGCCCCACACCCGCAGAGGUGACACAUAUAAGUGCUACUUCUUCAGGAGGUACCACAUAUAAGUGCUACUUCUUCGAGGUGACUCAUAUAAGUGUUACUUCUUCAGGAGGUGACACAUAUAAGUGCUACUUCUUCCAGAGGAGUGGCUUACAUAUAGAUGCUACUUCAUCAGGAGGUGACACAUAUAAGUGCUACUUCUUCAGGGGUGACACAUAUAAGUGCUACUUCUUCAGGAG